AUGGCAGAAUCAGUGGUCAGUCAGCUCAAGAACACUUUAAAUUCAGGGGCUGAGAAAGUGACCGAAAUCAAGGAUCAACCUGGUAAUGUGAUCGUGGUUUCCAAUCGUCUGCCCGUCACCAUCAAAAAGAACAAUGCCACUGGUGAGUAUGAGUACUCAAUGUCUUCCGGAGGUCUUGUAACGGCUCUUCAGGGCCUCAAAAAGGCAACUACCUUCCAGUGGUACGGAUGGCCGGGCCUAGAAAUCCCCGAUGAAGAGCAAGAAACGGUGAAAAAGGAUCUUCUCGAAAAGUUCAACGCAAUUCCCAUUUUUCUGACAGACGAGGUGGCUGAUUUACAUUAUAACGGGUUCAGUAACUCCAUUCUAUGGCCAUUGUUCCACUACCAUCCCGGUGAAAUAAAUUUCGACGAGAACGCCUGGCUGGCGUAUAACGAGGCGAACUUGGCGUUUUCGCGUGAAAUUGAAAAGAAUGUUUCAGAUAACGACAUCGUUUGGGUCCAUGACUACCACUUAAUGUUGCUGCCUGAGAUGUUACGGUCAGGUAUCAAGCAAAAGGGGCUCAAUAAUGUUAAGCUGGGAUGGUUUUUGCACACUCCCUUCCCAUCCUCGGAGAUCUACAGAAUUUUGCCAGUCCGGCAGGAAAUUUUGAAGGGUGUCUUGAGCUGUGACCUGGUAGGUUUUCACACCUAUGAUUACGCCAGACAUUUUCUCAGUUCGGUGCAAAGGGUUCUCGACGUCAAUACGUUGCCCAACGGUGUUGAGUUCGAGGGCAGGUUUGUCAACGUCGGCGCAUUUCCAAUAGGAAUCGACGUGGACACAUUUACAGAUGGCCUCAAGGGCGAAAGCGUCGUGGAGAGGAUUACCAAACUCAAGGAAACCUUUAAAGAUGUCAAAAUCAUUGUCGGUGUCGAUAGGUUGGACUACAUCAAAGGUGUCCCUCAAAAAUUACAUGCCAUGGAGGUUUUUUUGAACGAACACCCUGAGUGGAUUGGCAAGGUUGUGCUUGUGCAGGUGGCGGUUCCCAGUCGUGGUGACGUAGAGGAAUACCAAUACCUCAGAUCUGUGGUGAAUGAGUUGGUAGGUAGAAUCAAUGGCCAGUUUGGGACAGUCGAGUUUGUUCCAAUCCACUUUAUGCACAAAAGUAUUCCUUUCGAAGAGCUGAUUUCCCUUUACGCUGUCAGCGAUGUUUGUCUCGUCUCGUCGACUCGCGAUGGUAUGAACUUAGUGUGUUACGAGUACAUCGCGUGCCAGCAAGAGAAAAAAGGUUCAUUGGUUCUGAGCGAGUUCACCGGGGCUGCCCAGUCGUUAAAUGGUGCAUUGAUUGUCAAUCCAUGGAACACCGACGAACUUGCCGAAUCAAUCCAUGAAUCCUUGACCUUGCCCGAGGAGAAAAAAGAUGCAAAUUGGGAAAAGCUUUACAAGUACAUUUCCAAGUAUACCUCUGCUUUCUGGGGGGAAAAUUUCGUGCAUGAGCUUUACAGAACGGUUCCUAGUGGAACUGCAGGUAAUGCUGGAUCGGAUUAG